CAAUGUCAUUCUUAAGCGCUGCGUCAACAACUCCCGGGCCAUCGCCCCUUCUCUUUCAAUCUUCUCUCCUCGACGCUCAUCACGGUGCGCCUCUCCUUUGAGCACCAACAUGUCGUCGACGCCUUCCCCUCUUGGGACACCGUUGACCUCGCCGACGGAAGCGUCGCCGUCCUCACCGAGCGAAGGCUCGUCAUUCCCGCCAAUGAAGACUUCGUCCUCUGCGACAGUCAGCAUUUGCGUGAGCGAGACAGCCGAGGACAGCACACCUACACCUCCUCACACGCCACCCAAUCGAGCGACAAUGAAGCAUGCCAGCGCGCCCUUACAGCACGAGCCGCAGCGACCAAACAGACCACCGAGAAUGCCUUCCGCAGACACGCCGAUGCUCAAUGAGAAGCUUCAGCACGCCAUUGGAUCCUCGUUCUGGGACUUCGAGGAGUACGGUGGCCUUGAUGGCCAGCCCGGAGGUCUUCAACCACCUGCCAGUAUUCGUCGCCGAAACAGCUCUCCCCCACUCCUGCUCCACUGUGAGGCUGGCGUGCAGGACCAGGGUACCUCUCAGAUGCACGAAUUUGUGGAAGAACAGAAGCAGCAGCUGUGCGACUGUCAGAGGUCGGAGUCACCAGAGGUCGAGGCAAGCCGUCGUUCCCUCGUCCCUCGACGUGAGCUCUCCGGCGAAUCCUUUCUGCAGGGACCUUCGUCGUCGAAUGGCAGUUUCCCUUCACCAGCACUUACUAUGGCCUCGUCCAUUGACGAGACAGACACCCUCUCGCCCAGAGAUGAGCGUAUGAGGAGCGAGAGCAGCAGCAGCACUAGCCGUCACGUAUUCUUCCGCAGCGAGCAAAAGGAUUGUCCAGAGCAUAUUCACCAAUUCGAUCAUGGCAAGAGUCAGACCCAUCAUCGCGAUUUUGGUCAUCACCACCAGCACUGAAUCAUCUUUCCGCGAAUCAUGGCGCGCUGUCCGUUUUGCUUGCUUCCCUUCUGAUCUGCCCGAGCAUACCAUUUUAGCGCCGGUAUGGACGGACCGACAGCCAGUCCUGUCACCAGCAACCUCUACCCCUUUGUUUCGUCUUCAACUGUUCCUGUCACACCAGGCAGCAGCCCCUUGUGUCAUAUACUCAUUUUUGUAAACAGCGC